UGCGAGUCUAGUGGUUUGGAUCAUGUUUUGAAAUCAUCUAAAGCUCUCGGCGCCAAGCUGACAACAAUUCCAGAAAUGGAGAUACUAGAGGAUGUAGACGUUCGAAACCCUAGCACCUUAAAACGAGCGCAGGCGCAGUUGGCUGCAGUUGAAGCAGCUUCUAUCCGUCAGAAUAAGCAAACGCCAGUGGUAAAAAAAGCAGACUCUUCGACGGCCUCUUCCUCUUCGUCUGGUCGUAUUGCGAGCGCGGACUCCGCAAAUAAAGUGACGGAGUUGGGGUCUGGUCGUGGCUUUCAUGUUGGUCCGGCGCUGCCUCACCGCAAGAACAGCGCGAAAAAACAGCAACAGCUCCACCAGCAGCGUCUCGAGGAGGAGCGCCUGAGGCUAAAGCGACAUCAGGAGCGAACGACGGGUGACGAGAAAGAGCCAGCAGAAGGAGGAGCGCCUGCACCUCUUCGAAUCUUCGAGGACCUCUCUCACUCUCUCAUUGACGGCCCUAAUGAUCAAGAACUGAGAGCCUUGGCGGGCGAAGGUUCAUCAGAUGAGGAGGGUGGCGAGGAGUCUGGAAGCGAUGCCGAAAACAACACCACGAAGAGAAGCGACACUGACAAAAACAACACUUCUGGGGAUAGUUUUGCCGCUCAAGGAUUCCCGGGCGACGUCAUUGAAGUUGACAACUACGACGCAGUGCUCUUAGACUUGUAUGAUAGUGGAAGCGAAGACGGUCAUGCCUCACACGGUGCAGCACCCAGUCGCAACAAGCAAGACGAAAAGCCCCACGAUCAUGACCCCGAAGCGAUCAGUGAUCCGUUUCGCAGCAGUGAGCCUGCCGGGCAAGCGCCAGAAUCUUCG